AUGCAUUUCCAAAUCUUUUUACCAUCCGUGCCAUCGCCGGCCAUCCAGUCAGCACGUGCAUACCUGACAACGAGGUAUGAGGUGAAAAGCGGAGCACCGAAUGUUAUUGUGCUGGGUGGUGAUGGUACGUUUCUUAGUGCGUGUGGAGCGUUGCUGAGCUGUGGAAAGGCAAUUGAUGAGAUUGAAUGGGUGUAUGAGAGGAUGUUUGGUGGUUUUGAAUUUGAGAGCGAUGGAGAGGUGCGGAUGGAUGGCGUUAUAGGUAGGGAGGGUGGAAGUGGAGAGGGUGGAAGUGGAGAGGGUGAAAAUGGAGAGGAUGAAAAUGGAGAGGGUGGAAGUGGAGAGGAUGAAAAUGGAGAGGGUGGAAGUGGGGAGGAUGAAAGUGGAGAGGAUGAAAGUGGGGAGGAUGAAAGUAAGAAAAAUCAAAAUGGUAAAACCGUGCCAAACAGUGCCCUUAUCAAUAGCGGUACCGCCACAAAAACAGAAAGCAUAAAAAACCGCACAUGCCCAGCACAAACCAACGAAAAGGAAGCACCCCGCACAAACAGCCACAAACAUUGCCCAUCACACCAACAGAACCGCACACACAAGUACAGGCCAAACGAUCAGAACGUGCUGUCCGACAGCACAGAUCAGCCGCUAACGUUCUACGUGUUCAACUACGGACAUGCCGGUCAUUUAUGCCUGCUGGCAAGGGAUGAUCUUAAAAAAGAAUUUGGCAGUUUUAAAUUUGUAAUGCGCAGGUUGAGCAAGGUGGUGGGGAAGGGGUACUUUGUGAACGAGCUGGUCAUUGGAAGGGGAUAUCCCGGUCGAUUGAACAUUUUUGAGGUGCAUGUUUACGAUGAGGGGUGCGGUGCGCUCAGGGAUGCCGAUACGGUUGGCAGCCCUGGCACGACCAACCGUUCUGCCGGCACCGAUUUGAACAGCAUUUAUGCGCAUAGCCACAACACGUUCAAAAUAACCGUGAGAUGCGAUUCAGUCCUGAUAAGCACACAGACCGGCUCAUCCGCAUACAACAAAUCAGCGAAAGGACCUGUCGCGCUUGUGCAGUGCCACGUCAUAAAUUUCAUCAACCCUGAGCACGGAGAAAAUGCCUUGGUGGUUGGUGUGGAUAGAACGGUACGGGUGAAGGUGCUGAGCACGAAUGGGAUGGGGGUGAUUGAUGGUGUGCGGUGGAUCAGUGGGGAUGAGUUUGUUGUUAGGGGUGGAGCUAUGGUAAGGAUGGCGUACUGUGAGCGUGGUAGGAUUGGUGAUAGAUGGGUGAUUGACCGGUUGUAUGGCGGUUAUGAGCAGCGGUGA